AUGAACUACACAACCGUCACUCUCCCUACACCAGGCUACCCCUCGGAGAUCACCGGCUAUGUUGAACCGUGGAUCGCGUCUCCUGGGGACCAGAUAGCUGUCAAGGUCUCAUCAACCGAGAAAGAUCUUCACUACAGCGUUGUGCGCCUGAUAUACGGUCCUCAAGGCCAAGACUUCGACGGUAUGAUCCAGGAGACAGUUCAGGACAUCCCUGAUGGCAUCCUUGCUGGACGAUAUCAGGUGGCUAACCCAGGCUCGUAUGCCGUCGUUGCCAUGCGGGACUACGGAAUCAGCCAAGAUGGGGUAAAUGUCACUGUUCAUUUCCAGGCUCAUCUUGUGGAAGAAGCCACCCAUGUCCAGACCAUCAUAUCGACGCUAGACGUUCCGUCGAGUCGCGGGUUCGCCGCUGUUCUAACAAAGCAAGGCUAUGCUGAGCUCUGGAUUGGAACCGGAUCAUGUAUCCAAGCAGUACCCACGGGCUUCAAGCCGGCACUGAAAGAAUGGGUAGCACUAAAUUUCACCAUACAAUCUAACCAAGUAAACUUCGAGUUGACUCCCAUUGCCUCUUUCUCCGAGAAAACCGGAACUGCCGUGGCAGGGAAUACAGUCCUGCCAAGUGAAGCAAAGAUCCAAGAAGAUUGUGUGUUUACAAUCGCGGCCAGUUAUGCGGAGAAGGCCGACAAAUCAUGCGAAAAACCAGUUAACUUCUUCAACGGCCGGAUAAGCGGCCCCGAGCUUCGAUCAGCAACAACAACAUCGGAGACAUCUGUCCUCGCCAAGUGGAAUUUUGCACUGCAAAUGGAUGGAGCUACCAUUGUCGAUGUUUCCGGAAACGGGGCUGAUGGGCGUCUGGUCAAUGCCCCGACCAGGGCAGUCGCUGGACACGACUGGGACGGGACAGAAUCCGAUUGGACCAAGACUGAUCGUGGAUACAACGCUAUACAUUUCCACGAAGAUGACCUGGAUGACGCAGCAUGGGAAACAGACCUGAACAUGGUAUUGCCUCGGACAUUGAGGUCCGGCGCCUACGCCGUCGUUGUUCGCGCAACAGGGCUUGCCUUGCGCGACUCGAUUCCCUUCUUCGUGCGUCCCACCGAAUCAACAGCUUCAUCAUUGGGAGCCAAGGUAGCAUAUGUUCUCUCUACCUUCACGUAUCUAGCAUAUGCUAACGAGCAUGUAUACGAUAGAGAGCAUCUGAUGAGUGGUGCCGACUACAAGUGGAACGUGAGAAGGGAUGAUCAUGCCGCUAAGACCGAGCGAAGGCUGGAUCUUGGCCUUUCUUGUUACGACGUGCAUAACGAUCGAUCGGGAGUCAUACAUUCAUCUGCCAAAAGACCUAUCCUCAAUCUACGGCCCGACUAUUUGAGCUGGAAUUUCCAUCGUCCCCGUGGCCUUAGUGCUGACCUUAUUGGUUUGGAGUUCCUAGAGCGGAGCGGCAUCCCAUAUGAUGUGGUGACGGACCAUGAUUUGCACGUUAGAGGAAAGGAAGCCUUUCAGCCGUACCAAACUGUCGUCACAUCAUCUCAUCCCGAGUAUCAUACUGUCGAAUCCCUCUUCGCCUACAUAGACUUCGUCAAGGCGGGCGGCAAUCUCAUGUACCUGGGUGGAAAUGGGUUUUAUUGGAGCUGUGCCACUGGGUCUGGAAACUUGCAUCGUGUUGAGAUUCGACGAGGCGACCAGGGAUGCAGGUCCUUCACCUUGCCCGGGAGUGACCGUGUUUUCAGCAUAAAUGGUCAGCUCGGAUUACUAUGGCGGUCGCGUGGCCUAGCAGCUAACAAGAUAGUCGGCGUUGGUUGUUGCGCCGUCGGGCAGGGUCCUGGAGUCCCUUACAAGCGAACAGAGGCAAGCCGAGACGAGAACUUGGCUUGGAUGUUCAAAGGUAUUGCUGAAGAUGAACUGCUUGGGACGGAGGGUUUUGGUGGCGGUGCUAGUGGCGAUGAAAUUGACAAGUGCAACUUCUACCUUGGCAGUCCCCCCAACACUAUUGUCGUAGCGACGACUGUGGGACAUCCCGACGAGUUUGGCCUCUUCCCGGAGGAUGCUGACUUUCCCAUGACCAAAACCGUUGGUACGCAGACAAAUGAGAUAAGAUCGGACAUGACAUACUACGAGGCAGGAGGUGGUGGUACUGUUUUCAGUGUCGGGAGCAUCAAUUGGUUAUGUUCUCUUGGUUGGGAUCACUUCCAGAAUAAUGUAGCCAAACUUGCGGACAACGUCUUGAGGGAAUUUAUACGCACACACAAAUAG